AUGGAGUGUUUAAGUAUCAAUCUUGAUUUCAAGUAUAUCUUGAAGGAUAAGAACAUCCCAUCUGUGUUCGAUACCAACAAUUUAUGGAAAGCUAAUGAAUUUGGAGGAUUCCAUAAUUAUGAAAUCAUCGAAAAUUAUAGUGCAAUUGAGGCUAAAGUGGUUGAGAUCAACAAUCAAAAGAAUGGUUUGAUUGAAGUUAUCAAACCUAGUUUUGAAGUUCCUAUCAUCAGUUUGAUCUUCAAAGGUACUAGAGAUUUCAUUAAUACCAGUAGAUUAGAAGUUUAUAAACAAUAUAAUCAAAUCAGUUUCAAAACCAUCAAUCAUAAAGUUAAUGAGAAGUUGAUUCCAAAAUUAAUAGAAUUAAGUACUGUGAAUAAUGUAGAGAUUAUGUGUAACAACGAACAAGUUCAAUUAAUUGGUCAACUUGAUAAUAUCACUUUUGUGGAAACCCAAAUCAGAGUAAUCAUUGAUGCUUUCAGUGGAUUAUUGAUUGAAUCUUUUGAUAUCAAUUUAUCAGUGAUUCCGAUUUUGGGUGAUCAGAAUUUGUUUAAUUUCAAGGAAAUUGUUAAACAGAACAAUACCAAUGUUUAUUUGCCUGAUUUGUUACCUGAAGUUUAUCAUUCAAGGAUCUAUUCCGAUUUAGAUAGUUUCAAAAUUUGGAUCACAGGAGAAAAACCUUUAGGGAUUUUGAACACCAUCAGGAUAUUGAAAAAUGUCAUUGAAAAGAUAAGUUUCUUCCAGAAAACUAUCAAAUUAAGUAAAGAAAAGUUGGAUCUUAUUACUUUAUACCAUCAAGAUGCGUUAUUGAAGAUUAUGAUUUCUAAUAGUACAUUCAUUAAGAUCCCUCAAUUCGGUGAUGACGAUAAUGAAGUCACUGUUCAAGGUAACGAUGAAGUUUCUGUUACCAAUACUAUUCAAGAUAUUCAUAAAUUGACUCAAAAUUACUAUAAGUUAUUGAUUAAUAGUGAUAGUUUUGAGAAUUACCAACAGGUUUUAUACAAAAUUUCUCCCUUCAAGAUCAUGAUGAAAAUGAACGUCGAAGGGAUGGAAGUUAUUGGAAUAAAUACUGAUGUCAGAUCAUUUAUUGAUCAAAUCAAUAUUUCCAACAUAUUGAAAGUUUCCUUACUUAUUGAAAUCAAUAAUACCGAAAAGGAUUUCAUCAGUGGAAAGAAGAAUGGGAAGAUCUUGAAAAUCUUAAAUCAAUUCAAUAAUUCUAUUAUCAAAUUUUUACCUCAAGAUGAAUAUCAAUUCUUAGUUGACAUUGUCAUUGAAAGAUCUUAUAAUUUAGAUACUUUGAAACUUAUCAUGGGUUUGAUCGAACAAGAAUUACCUUCCCAAUUUAAAUUCAAUAUUCCGGAAAUAUUCCACAAAUCUAUUAUUGGAAAUGGUGGUCUUAUCAUUCAAAGUAUCAUGAAGAAGUAUAACGUUUAUAUCAAGUUUUCAAGUCAACCUAAGAAUGUUAACUUAUAUUCCUUCAAGAGGUUCAAUAACGUGUUGAUUAAAUGCCCUAAGAAGAAUGCUAAUAAUAUCAAAUUAGUGGAAACAGAAUUACAUAAUUUAGUUGAAAAUUGUGGUAACAAUAAUUUGAAUUAUAAUUAUCUUAACUUGAACACUAACAAUUCCAUUUAUAAUUCCAUCGACUUUAAGUUAUUAAAAUCUCAUUACAUCCUUUUAUUGAACAAUUUCAAAUUAACUCAUUUGAAUAAUUUAGAGAUUGAAUUUUCUUCAUACAUCAAUUGGCCUCGUCUUGAAGAUUUUGAUGACCACUUAAAGACAGUUGAAGUUAAAGGUAGUGAUAUUAAGAUGAAGUUCUUUGUUAACAAGAUUGUCGAAUGCUUACCUAAGAAUUAUAAGUUUCAAUUGCAAAGAUUCAAUAUCUCAGACUCUUUCACUGAUGAGAUUGUUUUACCUUUCAAAUUCAAUGAUAUAGAAAUCUUAGUGGUCAAUAAUGAACUCUGGUUGAGUUAUUAUGAAUAUAAACCUUCAGAGAUUGAAAAAUUGGCAACCUGGUUGAAAGAUCACGAUUAUAUUGUCAUUGAAAGGGGAGAAUUUGAAUUCAAUCCUGUUGAAACCAUUGAUGAAUUGAAAUUCAAAAAAUCAAAGAAACCUUUGAAUAAGAUCACCAAUGAAGUUUAA